AUGGCUGAAAAGGUUUCAGACAGAGUUGGAAAUUUAAAUACAACUGAUUACGACGAGAAGCCAGAAGGAGGCGUCAGCGCCCUUUCACUCCUAGUCGGCCUCUUUUUGGGACUCGCUAAUAACUUUGCAGAACACUUUGUGUUUCUUCUCUCGUACAUGUCAUUCAAGCUCCUAAACGGAGAAAACAGUGUUCCGCUCAACGUCUUUUUGUUCUUCUUUUUCUUCGCGCUCGGCUCCGUAGUAUUCCUUUUCCUGAGCCCACUCCUUUCAUACUUCACAGUAGUGUCAUAUGUAUUCGAGGCCUUUUUCUUCAUGCUCAUGCUACUCUCUGUCAAAACAUUCGAAGAGGAACCAGGAAGAAACGUUUUUACAGCGUCUGUUGCACUUCUGGGCCUCACACAUGGAGUAAAUAAGGCCUCGACGAUGGGUCUGGUGGAAUGCACACCCUUCUCCAACCCAAGAGUGGUGGACCUCUCAAAGUUCCUCUCAGGAUUAUUACCACUCUUUUUGUAUGUUGUCUUCAAAUUCGGAGUAGCAGAAGAGGACACAUUCUCAAAGGAGGAGCUGGAACUAUUCUUCGUCACAGUGACCUCAUUGGCCCUGGUACUCACACUCGUUGGAGGGCUACUCUCACUGUGGUACAGCUCAACAGGAGCAGUGAAGAGAUACGUGGAGAGGAAGAAAGUUGAGAACGACACGAAUCCAAAAUUCGUUCCUAGACACGCAGGAGCACUUUUCAACGGCUUGCUGGUUCCAGGCCUGGUCUUCCUGGCUCUCUACUUCAUGAAGUACACAGUCUUCCCGACGUUCUUCCCACUAGAUGCCUCAAAGAAGGUCGACGUAGGAUAUAAAUACCUUUUCUUGUGCCUUCCAGGACUCAUGGAUGGGCUCUCGAGGCUCACCUUCCUGUACCUCUUUGGGAAGCUCAACGUCGACUGGGGAAGUUUGACGCCCUGGAAGACGCUGUACAUGCUGGUAUUCGACCUUCUUCUUGUGGUUUACUUCGCCGUUCUGCACAACCUGCAGGAAGAAGACUUCGUUCUCUUCGAAGAGACUUUCUCGCUACUUUUCUUCAUGGUAUUCACACUACUCCACGCCGCAACCUCCGACCUCGUCACACUCGAGUUCCUCUCCUUCAGAGACGAUCGCGAACGCGACAAGAGGGAUUUAGAAACUCCCUCAGCUUCAAACGAAUCUGGACUCUCCAGGGCCUCAAAGAGAGUUACCACAUUCGUGUUCCUCAACCUCCUCGAAUCCGUUGGGUCUACUCUCGGAGCACUCUUGACUCUGCUAUUGUUCAAUUUACAACCAGACAAAUGA